AGCCCCGCCCUCUUCCUCUUUCCUUCGGCCUCUUCCCUUCGGCGCCGGCGGUUUCUGCAGACAUGGCCAAGAUUAAGGCUCGAGACCUUCGCGGCAAGAAGAAGGAGGAGCUGCUUAAACAGCUGGAAGACUUGAAGGUGGAACUGUCCCAGCUGCGCGUCGCCAAAGUGACAGGCGGGGCAGCCUCCAAGCUCUCCAAGAUCCGAGUUGUUCGGAAAUCCAUCGCCCGUGUUCUCACCGUCAUCAACCAGACUCAGAAAGAGAACCUCAGGAAAUUCUACAAGGGUAAAAAGUACAAGCCUCUGGAUCUGCGGCCCAAGAAGACACGUGCCAUGCGUCGCCGGUUAAACAAGCACGAGGAAAACCUGAAGACCAAGAAGCAGCAGCGGAAGGAGCGGCUGUACCCACUGCGGAAGUAUGCAGUCAAGGCCUGAACACGGGCAUCAAUAAAACACAAACAAACUGGC